AAGAUCACACGGCCAAAACUGCGCUGCGUGUGCGAUGUCGCCUUCUUUGCGAAUCCCGCUGCAGGAUGUCUCGCCUCGCGCAGCUCCUCCGACAGUUUCAGUUGCCACUGGGGGCGAGCAGCAGCGACCUGCGAAAGGCCUAUUUCAGGCAGGCCAAGCAGCUGCAUCCGGAUUGCAAUCCCUCACAGACCGCUGCCGCUGAGGAGUUUGCAUGCCUUCGUGCUGACUUUGAGGAGGCCUUGAAGCUAAUGGAGCAGAAGGCCAAGUUUGGUGGAGAACCUCCUCCUUUCUCAGGAGAAAACGGCUUUGAGAAUCAGAAGUGGUCGGCGGCGGCCUGGAGCGCCAGAUCACAAGAGAGGGAACGUCGAUUCUCCUUCCGCGAGCACAUGAGGCGGAAUUUCGUGUACGAAGCUCGUGGCGGCGUUCCAGUGGAAGGUUUACCCCAGGAGACAGUGUACACAGUGGUGGGCGCGUUCUCGGCCGGUUUUUUCUUGCUGGGCAUCUGGAAAUUCCUCACAUCUGAACGGAUCGGUGUACGCCAUCGACUUGGACCUGAGUGGCUCCGCCCCGAUGGCGACCUUCGGACCUUCGCACCUGAGUCUGCUCCACCGCAGCCGCGGACCCUCCGAAGGGCACUAGAAGGGAUGAAGGAGAAGUCGACGUCAAGUUUUCCAGGGAGCUUGCAGAGCCCCUUGAUGGCUCACCACGCAGCUGCCAAUGAUCGCGUUUGGUGGCUGGAACGCUGUGGCGCCACGCCAGGCUGCCGUCCCAUGUUGAACUCCAAAGACGAGCGUGGGGACACGCCCUUGCACCACUGCGCGCGGACCGGGCAAAAGGAGGCUUGCUGUGCCUUGCUGCGCUACAACGUUGAGCAAUCGGUGAACCAUUUUGGCUUGGCGCCACAGCAAUUGGCACAACAACUUGGCCACAAGGAUGUCGCAGUGAUUCUUCGGAGCCACCAUGACCCCUCCCGCCUGGACGUGGCCUCUUGCGCAGCUCGCCGGCGGAUUGCUCGGCAUCCGGACGGUCUGGGGCACCGAGCGAUGCCCGAGGAUGGGAUCGACUUUGACUUCGAUUCAGCUGAUUGCCUCCGACAAGCUGCCAAGAUGGCGGGGCUGAAUCUGGAGGUGCCAGAAAUGACUACCGAGCAAGCAUCCAGAUGGGCAGCGCAACAUUUGGAGCCCAGGCACACUCUGGAGAUGGAGGUUGGGGCAGGCCUUUUGGUCUACGAACGCCCGGGACAAGUGACUCCAGAUGCUAAAGGCCAUUGGCACACCUUGCGGCGUGGCAAGGCAGCGGUUGCCGGCAUCAAAUCAGAGAAGAAAUUGCUUCAAGGCAAAACUAAGCGAGGGUUGAGUGAAACAGGAGAUGUUCUCAACCGUGCCAUUGAAUCUGAUAGUUCCAGGUCGAACACGAAUUCAUCCAUAUUCAAAG